AUGACACGUACUUUACUUAUUCCGCUAGUUUCAACUGGUAACGUCCCACAGUUGACAACAGAUUUAGUUCUUCAUUCUUUGUCAAAAGAGUUUCAAUUCGUUAAAUGCCUAGAUUCUACAUAUCUACACCCAUUUGUGGGUCCCCUUGAUUACGUCUUUGAACAACAGGAACCUGUACUAUUUAACAAGAGCAAUGUCAACAAGAACUAUUCCACUGCUUUAGAGUUAUUUUACAAUGAAUCUAGGUCCUUAUAUGUGAUUCAACAACGUACGCCGGUGAUUCAAGGUUAUUUGAACAAUUUCGUCAAAGAGAUCAUUUGUCCCCUAGUACAGGAGUUUAAGAUUACAGAUGUCGUAAUCUUGGAUUCGUUUGGCGCACUUGAUGAAGAUAUUGUUGCUAAUACUUCGAGGACUUCCAAGACGAACAGUUUCUAUUCGGAUGCUAUAUGUCAAGUGAGAUCAGUCGGUGAAGUAGUGCGAGAAAUGGAAUCUGGAUUACAUUUAAAUCCAGCAUCUGAACAGCAAUCCAACAAUAAUGUUAUUAGUACACUUUUCCAAUUUACCAAUGAUAGCGUUCAACAAGAAGUUUCCACCAGACAACAAGCAUUUAAGUUCGCCUACCAUUUGUUAAAUUCGCCAGUUUCCGAAUUACAACGUAUUAAAUACUGCAGCGCAUUUGUGCACGAAGGUGACAAUUCUUACGAUGCACAUUUACUAUGUGAUCACUUGCCUAAUGUCAUUGAGGGUUUUGCAAAAAUUAAUGUACAUACACCACCCAUCUCGUGGAAAGGUGUUUAUGGUACGAGACCAAUUCCAACUUCAUUCGAUGAGGGCAUUUAUAUAUAG